AAAAGGGGACCGGAAAUAGAGUAAGAAACGCGUUUGUGUUGCAGCCUCCUCCCUGCCUCUUGCUACCUUCCUCCUUAAAAAGCGUGGCAGCCCGAUUCGGCCUUAAAUGCAGCUUUCCCGGGGAAAGUAAAGCUUGCAAACGCCAACCACCCCCGCUAAGGUUUGGCCUGAUCCGGAUUGCAACCUUCUCCUGUCGUCCCAGAGUGAUGGAGGGAGAGAGAAAGUAUUGAUGGAAAGGGUUAAACUCAGAUUCCUGGGAAAUUUGAGAAGGGGGGUGGAACUGGAAGUGGUGUAAUAAUUCUCUCUCUUUCUCCCUCCCCUUCUCUUUCCUGCUUUGUUGAGAGGGUCGGAUGCCUGCUUUUGAAUGGCUGCGAGAGAAAGGUCUGGAAACAACAACAUGCGCAGAGUGGCUGGCCAGGUCUGCUGUGGGAACCCCGUCUUCUGAUCUAGAAGCUGUUACCCCCAAAUCAUCCUUGAAGUGGGGGCUCUUCUCUCUGCGGUUCAAAAGGCCACACCAGCAUUUCUGCCCCACCUUUUCCUUCAAGGAGUGCAAGGCGCUGCACAUGGUUCUUCCCUCUUCAUUUCAUGCCCACAACAACCUUGUGAGGGACCGGUCCCACUUGCUGUUCAGAAAGACACCCAGGGGAUACCGUCAGAGAAAGUCUCUGCAAAAUGCUGUAGGAUCUCCUCCUUGAACUGAACCUGUCUGUAUAGCCAUAGACCCGAAACAAAAAUUUGACGUUACGAGUGUGGGAUAUUUGUCCCAAUCCCCCCCACCCUGAAGCAGAGAGAGGACACUAAGGAUCCAAGAUGGAGGAGAGGUUAGAACCCGCAGGCCAAGCACCACCGCAUGGCGUCACCAUGGCAUGCCUGAAGGAGUUACCGGGCCAGGCAGCGCUGCAAAAUGGCAAGCAGCAGCUUGAGGAUGGGCUGCCCCAGGAAUGGGCAACCCAGUGUCAGGAGUUCCUGAAGGCCCUGGACUCCCAUCGCCUAGGAUGGGGAAGCCCACCACGGUCAAAGCUUGGGCCGUGGGACGAUGCCAAGGCCUUUCUGGCUUCCUUUGAGCAAGUGGCUGAAGCCUGCCAAUGGCCUCGAGAAGAUUGGGCGGCGCGUCUCCUGCCGGCUCUCAGCGGAGAAGCCCAGCAGGCCUUUAGCGGCCUAGAAGCUGCCGAGAGGGAGGACUACAGGAAGGUGAAGGCGGCCAUCUUGCGAGGGGAAGCCAGCAGAAUGGAGGCGCUGCGGCAGCACUUCCGGCAGUUCCGCUACCAAGAAGUCGAGGACCCGCGAAGGGUCUAUGGGCAGCUCCAGGAGCUCUGCCAUCAGUGGCUGAAGCCGGAGAGGCGCAGCAAGGAGCAGAUCCUGGAGCUGCUGAUCCUGGAGCAGUUCCUGGCCAUCUUGCCCCAGGAAAUGCAGAGCAGGGUCAGGGCCUGGGACCCGGACACCAGCACCCAGAUGGCGGCAGAGGAGUUCCUGAUGAGUCCCCAAGAGGCCAAGGCUUGGAAAUGGCAGAUGCCGGCGGAGGAAGUGCCCACGAACCCCUCAGGAGCCAAGGGGGCACCUCAGAGGCAAAUAUGCAUAGAGGCUGAUGAGAAAGCAGAAAAAGACCUCUGUUUGCUGGCCAGCGGAAUAAUGUCGCCAAGUCAUCCCAGUCCGGUGCUUCCUCCCGAAGAACAAGAAAUAGUCAACACUGAGCUUUCUGAGGGAAGUGUGAAUUUGAACGAGGUGACUGUGGCUUUGGGCAGUGCUGAGUGGGCAGUGCUGAACACCAGUCAAGGAACCAUGCAUUGGGAAGUCAUGCAGGAAGACUCUGAGGACAUCAGCUCUCUAGGAGGGUUUGUGAUUCCCAAACCAGAGACUGUAUCCCAAAUGGAUAAAGGAGACAUGGGUUUCAUCCAGGACUCUGAGGAUGGCGAGGUAUUUGCAGAAAGCAUCUCAGAUGAUGAAGAACUUCAAAUCAAGAAGGAGAGUCCUCCGCAAGGAGGCAGAGAGCCGGAUGAAAUAUACAGCAUGUCACUGGAAAUAUCCCAAGGGAAGGCUUCUCUGGUAGCCGAGAUUCACGAACAAGGAUGCAAAUCUGACGAGCGAUGGGGAGGAAAGCCAGCGGAGGGAUGGGGUGAAUUAAACGAGGUGGCAGAAAGUCACGGGGCAGUGAAGGAAACCUCGAGACAUGCACGGGUGAAUAAAUUUCUGUACUCGAAGGGCGGGAAAUGGUACCGAUGCAAAUCCGGACUGGUUGCAAACCAGAGUGUCCACUCCGCAGCCCUGCCUUACGAGUGCCUCGCGUGCGGGAAGCGUUUCCAGAAGAAGAAUUACCUGGCCAAACACCAGAGGAUCCACGCGAGGCCCAAGGUGUACCAGUGCUCCGAGUGCGGGCAGAGCUUCAACGGGCGAGAAGGGUUCGUCCGGCACCGAGGGACGCACACAGGGGAGAAGCCUCACGAGUGCCCUCAGUGCGGGAAGUGCUUCAGCCAGAGGGAGAGCCUGAUCCGGCACGAGAAGAUCCACACGGGGAAGAAGCCGUACGAGUGUCCCGAGUGCGAGAAGAAGUUCUGCCGGAGGGACUCGCUGGUAAGGCACCAGAAGAUCCACACAGGGGAGAAGCCGUACGAGUGUCCCGAGUGCGGGAAGAGCUUCAACCAGAAAGAGGUUCUGCUCAGGCACCAGAGGAUCCACACGGGAGAGAAGCCAUACGGGUGCCACGCCUGCGGGGAAAGCUUCACCCAGAGAGCCAUACUGAACAGACACGAGAAAACCCAUCUGGGGGAAAAGGCCUUGUUAAUACUCUGAGAAUUAAUGUGGCUCUCAAAGAUG